AUGGCGAACCAUCUUCUUCUAGCCAUCAUCAUCUUCAUCUUCUUCAAGGAAGCCACAGCCGCCGCCAGUUAUAAUGUGAAGAAAUUUGGAGCCAAGCCAGACGGAAGAACAGACUCGUCCAAGCCAUUUAUGAGUGCAUGGUCAGCUGUCUGUGGCUCGACCAAGCCAGCCACCAUUUAUGUCCCCAAGGGAAGGUAUAUGCUUGGUGGGUUACGUUUCAGAGGGCCAUGCAAGAAUCGAGCCAUCACCAUUCGAAUCGAUGGCACCCUUGUGGCUCCAUCCGAUUACCGAGUCUUGGGCAAUGCCAACUACUGGCUUCUUUUUAGCCGAGUCGAAGGGGUUACGAUUCAGGGUGGCACUCUUGAUGCUCAGGGUGCUCGUUUGUGGGCUUGCAAGUCGGCUAACUCCAAGAAUUGCCCUGAAGGAGCCACGAGUUUGGCCAUUUACAACUCGAAUAAAGUGGUGGUGAAUGGGUUAACCUCACUGAACAGCCAGAUGUUCCACAUGGUUGUCAACGGUUGCAACAACGUCAGAAUGAUCGGGGUGAACGUGGUGGCACCCUGGAACAGCCCGAACACCGACGGCAUCCACGUCCAGUACUCCACCGGAGUUACCAUUUUGAACUCCAAACUCACCACCGGCGAUGACUGUGUCUCCAUCGGCCCCGGUUCCUCCAAUCUUUGGAUCGAAAACGUCGCUUGUGGACCCGGCCACGGCAUCAGCAUUGGAAGCUUAGGGAAGGACUUAAAAGAAGCCGGGGUGCAAAACGUGACGGUUAAAAGGGUUACUUUUAAGGGGACACAAAAUGGGUUGAGAAUAAAGUCAUGGGCGAGGCCGAGCAGCGGGUUCGUUAAUGGCGUUCUGUUCCAGAACGCCAUCAUGACCAACGUCCAGAACCCAAUUGUCAUUGACCAAAACUACUGCCCCGGUCGUAUCAACUGUCCCCGUCAGCAUUCGGGGGUGAAAAUAAGCAACGUAAAGUAUCAAGACAUACACGGAACAUCGGCUACGAAAGUGGCGGUGAAGUUCGAUUGCAGCAAAAUGAAUCCGUGUCGGGGAAUCACGAUGCAAGAUGUGAACUUGAGCUUCAAGAACCAGUUAAGUGCUGCAUCGUCGUAUUGUAUGAAUGCCGGAGGAAAAGCUUCCGGCGUGGUUAAUCCGACGAGUUGUCUGUAG